AUGGAAGUGGGUUUUACGAGUUCAGAGGAUAAAAGCCCGAAGCUUGCCGAUUCCACAGAUUAUCGUAGUCUCGUGGGAGCAUUGCUGUACAUUUCUGUGUGUGCCAGGCCAGAUGUAGCAGCUAGUGUAGCAAUAUUAGGUCGGAAAGUAAGUUCGCCGACGGAAGCAGAUUGGGUAGCGGCAAAGCGCGUUGUCCGCUAUUUGAAAGCAACGAAAGUGUCGAAACUGGUAUAUGGUGACAUAGGAGGAAAUCUAAUUGGUUAUUCCGAUGCUGAUUGGGCCGGUGAUAUUGGUACAAGAAGAUCGACGACUGGUUUUGUUUUCUACUAUGCUGGAGCUGCAGUAUCGUGGGUUAGUCGAAGGCAAACUUCCGUCACACUGUCUUCGAUGGAAUCCGAGUACGUAGCACUAAGUGAAGCUGGUCAAGAGCUGAUCUGGCUUCGUCGUUUGCUUGAGGACAUGGGGGAGAAGAUCAACGGUCCGGUAAAACUCAUGGAGGACAAUCAGAGUUGUAUCCAUUUCGUCACUUCGGAGCGGAAGAGUCGUCGCUCCAAGCACAUUGAGGUGAAAGAGCAUUUUGUGAAGCAACUACACGAGGAUGGAACCAUGGUACUACAAUAUUGUCCUACCGACGACAUGGUAGCUGAUAUACUUACCAAACCGUUAGGUUCAGUGAAAACUGAUAGAUUCGCACGGAUGCUUGGAUUGUCAUAG